UCAUGACGAUGAAAAUACUUCCAGUCCAUCUGGUUUUCCUCCUAACAUUUCUGACAGGUGUGUUUUCAUUGAGUCACACAGCGGUUCAUAUCAAGGCAGGCGAGAUGGUGGCCCUGUUGUGCCCACAUCAUAAAGGGUCUAAUGAUGCUGAGCUGAUCUGGACCAGUCACACUGCCCAGGAGACUCUUCUGAUCAGCAGCAUUUCAUCUGCAGAGCAGAGGCAGAUGGGUCUGCUGGUUCAUGGGAGGAAUCUUGUGAUUCUCGGUGCAUCUGUAAACCAUCAGGGGAAUUACUCAUGCUCUCAGGGGAAUGCCAGCAGUGAGUUCAUGCUCACAGUUUACACGGAGCAGAGCAGAGAGUAUGAAGAGCAGACCACGUACUCAACAACAUGUUUCACACAAGAGUCCUGCAUGUUGAAUUGCCCUGAUGUAAAUAUCCCUGAUGUAAAUACUCCAAACAUGACCACCAACGACAUCAUAUGGCACAAGAAAGGAGAGCCAUUUCCAAUCGACGGUUACUUUUUAAGUGUGGAAAAGAACAACCAUGGCAACUACACCUGUACUAGAUCUUACCUGUACGAUCAGCAAUCAUAUAACAGGACCUUUACAGUGAUCCUUGACGUCAAACCCAAAAUAAUUCAGAAAUCUUCUACGAUCAAUUCCCCCCUCCAGGAUGAGGUAUUUCAUGUAGAUUUGGGCUCACCUGCGGUCAUUUCUUGUAUAGCUGUGGCAUUUUCGGACUCAGAUUCUCUGUACUGGUUGAGCGGAAACUCGAUGUUGAAAAAAGAUGAAAGCUUAACAGUUUUCUACAAUGAAACGAGAGAAAACAUAGAUGACGAAAUACACAUUACAGCAUCUCUAGUCAUCAAGAGCGUGACUGAGGAGGAUCUAUCAAUACAUUACACCUGUAAACUGGAUUCUGACGACACACCCUCAUACGUCAUCAUCACACUGGCCCAAAAAGCUCGCCCCUCUUACAUUUCCUUGGCUGUUGGCAGUGUCUGCAUUAUAGUGGUGAUGCUUUUGACUACAGCUGUCUACGUAAAGUUCAAAAUUCACAUCACUCUUUUCCUGCGAGAUGCUCUUGGCUGCCUCAGCAGCGCCUCAGAUGGACAAAGCUAUGACGCCUUUUUGAUGUGUUAUAAGAGCGACGCGGAUGGACUGAGUGAAGACGACAGAGAAUGUCUGAAGAGUGUUUUGGAGGAGAGAUUUGGUUACAAUCUCUGUCUGUAUGACCGUGACAUCUUACCAGGGAAAGCUGUAGCAGAAGCUGUGUUGGACUGUAUAGAGCAGAGCCGGGCGGUGGUUCUGGUUCCCACCUCUUUAGAUCCUGGUCUAGGAUCUGGUCUGCUGAGUGUCAUCCAUUCAGCCCUUGUUGAGAAAAAGACUCGCUUAGUUUUCAUCAAAACUGAGUCAACCGAAGUGUCAAAGUCAGGUUCAGUACCGGAGGCAUUACAGCUUCUAAGUGAGGCUGGAAACUGUGUCACCUGGAAAGGAAAACGUUCCCUGACGCCCUCCUCCUCCUUCUUCUGGAAGCAGCUACGCUAUCACCUACCUGCCCCGCAACAUGUGCCAAAAAUAAGGCUUUUAACUCAGACAGUCUAAAGCAGUGUGUUCACACAUGCUCUCUUGAAAUGUUCAGACAGCCUGCUUGUUCACACAUACAAGUUUUGUAUGAACUUAUAAAACCAAAAACAUGUUUUUUAUAACUGCAUUAAUCAGUAAUUGUUUUUCAAUAAAAGCAGCAAGGAUAUAGACGAGAAUGAGAUAGCCUUUUAGCCAAUUUCAGCUUUUGUUUUGAUUUACUAGCACAAUUAUGCAUAUUUCCUUUAUAUUGGUUUCUGCUGUUUACAGCAAAAAGGCCACUAGUUAAACAACUGUAUGCUUCCUGUCGCACUGACGCACAAAGUCACUGAGUAGAAAAUGUUCAUGUUAUAAAAUAAUCAGGUAGUUUGUGGACACCUUGCCAAAUCAAAAUGCAAUUGAAUGUUGAACAUAAACUUGUCCGGUCAUUACAUACCCGACUCUCAAUGAAAAGUAAAAAGUUGCUUCAUGUC